CUGCCAAAAAUUCCAGUGGCUGACACUGAACACACCAGAUUCUCUUACUCACUCCAAUGGCUUCUCUUCACCUUCUUCAACCUCUCACUUUUCUCUCUUCCCAUUCUGCCCCUCUCUUUUCCCAAUAUUCCCAUCCAAUCCGCUUCAAACCAUCCUUUGCCCAAAAGCCCCUUUCACCAAAACCCCUCACUCUUUCCUUUGCUCUCGCCGAAUCCGACUCCGCCAAGUCCUUAGAACCCGACCCCCAAGUUCUCCUUCAAGAACUGGCCGACAGUUUUGAUCUCUCGCGAGAUUACUUCGAAAAACUUCCCCGUGAUCUUCGUCUUGAUCUCAAUGAUGCUGCGUUUGAUCUCUCUAAUGGACCCGUUAUUGAUGAGUGUGGUCAAGAAAUGGGUGAAAUAUUGCUAAAUCUCUCUCGAGCAUGGGAAGUAGCUGACACCUCCACUUCACAUACUUUAGUAAGCAAGCUCCCCUCGUUGGUGCAAUCUUUGACUGAAAAUUACAAGUCAGGACUUGGCAAGCGUUUGAUAUCUGCUGGAAGAAGGUUCCAAUCAAUGGGACAGUACGGUCAGGGCGAACUACAGAAGAUUGCCAAAGCAAUGAACACAACUGGAAAGCUUCUGUCUGCAUCAUCUGCUCCGAAAGUAGCCGAACAGCCGAAGAACGAAACCAGAAUGUUUAAGUUUGGAGAGCUUCAAGUUGAACUGACUGUCGAUAAGGCGAACAUCGGUGCAGCAAUUGGUGUUGUUUUUGGAGUAAUUUCAUGGCAACUGGGUCAGGGCGUUCAGAGCAUUCCCGAGAGUUCUCUGCAGUAUGCAAAUGACAAUGCUUUACUUCUAGCCAAGUCGUUGAGAGGCGCUCUACUGGCGGUUUCGUACUCGUCGGCGGUUUUGUCUGCUUUUACUGCUGUGGGAUUAGUCUUACUUGCUAGACAACUUAAAUCAAAGGAAGAGUAAGCUUGUCUUCUUUGUUUGUGAACUCUGUAAAUGUGUUGUUUUCUGUCAAAGAAUUAAGCUUCUUGCUGGGGCUUUUACUGAAAAUGAUAUGAAUCUAUGUACAUGACAAUAAUCCUGCUCGGUUAUAGAAUAAGAGUGGCUGAUAUUCUCUUUCUUU